AUGUCACUGAGCUACCCCACACAAGAAAACCUUAACAAAGCUGCGUUCGUUCUUGCAACAAUACAGAAUACUUAUAAAUUAAACUUGACAAAACUGGCGGACGGGGUGUUGAAUGUUAGCUUCAAGACCCCUCUGAACGAACAUGAUUGUUUUGCGAUAGGUGUAACUUUCGCCGAAGAAGAAAAGUAUCAUAUAGCAGUUGUAUGGUUACUGGAGGCUUUCAGAAGAUUUAACAAAACGGAUGGGGCAGAUGAAUUAGGAGCUAAUAUCUUAAAUAAUCUUGUCUAUGCCUACAAAAUGCUAAAUAAUAUAAAAGAAGCGUCAUUUUGGCUUCAACAACUCCUACAUGCGGUGCCGGAACAUCCUCAACUAAAGUGCAAGUACCUAUCAGAAAACCAUCCUUUCUUAAAACUAGCACCAGUGAAGUUAGAGGAACUUUAUUUGGGGCCCGAUGUGUACCUGUUCCACAAUGUAAUCAGUGACCGCGAAAUAGAGGACAUUAAUUCGGUAUCCAAAACACGAUUUAAGCCAUGCGCUUUGUUCAAAAAGAGAAAAAGUGCAGAAUAUCGGUUGCGACUCUGUGAUUCCACGUUUUUAGAAGAUGAUAUUGGAUCUAAAACUUUGAUAAAACUGUAUCGUCGUGUGCAUGAUUUCACCGGAAUGACUGUAAACUAUUCAGAGGAGUUACACGUUGUCAAAUACUCGGUAGGAGGAUAUUACGCUCCUCACACAGAUUUUUGGCGUAAAACAACCUCGGAGUUAGGAUACGAAAUUCAAGGAAAUCGGUUAGCAACUGUACUUUUUUACGUAAGUGUCGUGGAGAAGGUAAUUUCUAAUUUGAUUAAAGAUUACGUCAGUGUCGUGGAGAAGUUAUCCAGUCCCGGUCAAGGAGGUGCAACAGUGUUUCCACAUCUUGGUCUAAAUGUGUACCCAGUUAAGGGAGCAGCCUUAUUCUGGAAGAAUUUGUAUGCUUCAGGUGAAGGAGACCUAGAUACGGUUCACGCUUCUUGUCCAGUGAUUCGCGGGUCUAAGAUGAUAAUGACUCAGUGGAUAAACAGCAUCGGUCAAGAGCUGUCAUUGCCGUGUAGUUUGAAAAAAGAGCAAGGAUGGCGCGAAAACCUAAAAUUGCCUAUUUUAGAAAAAAUAAUGAAUACUUCUAAACAUGUACAAAUAAAAAGAGACAUGCAAAAUUGUCGACGAUAUGAUUCGAGAAAAGUUUUUAGUAGGUACUAA